GCAGCGGCGCCGGGACCCCCGAGUCCCACCGGGCGUCCGGAGCCCCGGGAGGCGGUGCCGCCCCCGAACUCCCCCCGAAGCCCCCCAAAGCCCCCUCCCGUCGGGGCACGGCGCUGGCAGGAGGCGGCUCCGCCGCAGACACCGCUCGGUCACCGCCGCCUUCACCUCGCGGAGCCGGGGCUGCCGCGACACCGGGAACAGCGGGAGCACCGGGAACACCGGGAAAAACGGGAACAACGGGGGCUGCCAUAAACACCGGGAACAGCGGGAACACCGGGAACACCGGGAACAACGGGGGCUGCCGCGACACCGGGAACAGCGGGAGCACCGGGAACAACGGGGGCUGCCCGCGACACCGGGAACAGCGGGAUCACCGGGAACACCGGGAACAACGGGGGCUGCCCGCGACACCGGGAACAGCGGGAUCACCGGGAACAGCGGGAACAUCGGGAACAACGGGAACACCGGGAACAGCGGGACAUCAGGACUGCCGGUCCCGCGGAGCCGGGAUCGGGGUCCCCGGCCCAGUUUGAGACGCAGCCCGGCACUGGGAGCACUGGGCAGGCUGGGAGCGGCCAUGAGGGACACGCUUGGCGCUGGAUCCCUGCGGAGCCUUGUCCAGCUUGCCUGGCUGUGCCUGCUCUCCUCCGUGCCGCACGGCGGGGCCAAGGUGCUGGAGAAGACCUUCGAGGAGUGGCUGCGGUACCGUGACGAGUGCCUGAGGAGGAUGGCGAGCGAGCCCUACCCAGCAGGGCUGUUCUGUAACAGGACAUUUGACAUGUACGCCUGCUGGCCUGACGGGAGCCCCGGCACCGCCGUCAAUGUCUCCUGCCCCUUCUACCUGCCCUGGUUUGAGAAAGUGAAACACGGGCUGGUGAGCCGCAGGUGCGGCACCGACGGCCAGUGGGUGACAGUGAACGGCAGCCAGCCCUGGAGGGACUACUCCCAGUGCGAGGACGAGCUGGAGGUCACUGCUGAGGAGGAAGGCGCCCGCCGGCUCAUGGUGAGCUUCAAGGUGCUCUACACCGUGGGGUACUCGCUGUCGCUGCUCACCCUCAUCUCCGCCCUGCUCGUCCUCACCGCCUGCAGGAACCUGCGCUGCACCAGGAAUUACAUCCACGCCAACCUGUUCGCCUCCUUCGGGCUGCGGGCCACCUCGGUGAUGGUGAAGGACGCGCUGCUGGAGCGGCGCUGGGGCGCGCAGCUGGUGCAGGUGGCUGACUGGGAGGCUCUGCUCAGCCACGAGGCAGCGCUGGGGUGCCGCGCGGCGCAGGUGCUGAUGCAGUACUGCAUCCUGGCCAACCACUACUGGUUCCUGGUGGAAGCUGUCUACCUCUACAAGCUGCUCAUCGGGGCCGUGUUCUCCGAGAAGAAUUACUACAGGCUCUACCUCUACCUGGGCUGGGGGACCCCCGUGGUGUUCGUGGUGCCCUGGAUGGCCGCCAAGUACCUGAAGGAGAACGCGGAGUGCUGGGCGCUGAACGAGAACAUGGCUUACUGGUGGAUCAUCCGCAUCCCCAUCCUGCUCGCCUCCCUGAUCAACCUGCUCAUCUUCAUGCGGAUCCUCAAGGUGAUCCUGGCCAAGCUCCGGGCCAACCAGAAGGGCUACGCCGACUACAAGCUGAGGCUGGCCAAAGCCACUCUGACCCUCAUCCCCCUCUUUGGGAUCCAUGAGGUUGUUUUCAUCUUCGCCACGGAUGAGCAAACCACGGGCAUCCUGCGCUAUGUCAAGGUGUUCUUCACCCUCUUCCUCAACUCCUUCCAGGGCUUCCUGGUGGCUGUGCUGUACUGCUUUGCCAACAAGGAGGUGAAGUCCGAGAUGAAGAAGAAGUGGCAGCUCUGGAAGCUCGACCACCCAGUGCUCUGCUGUGCCCAGUGAGGGGGUGACCAGCCAGGGCAGAGGGGCUGCUGGCCACAAUGGCCACAGGGCCUGGCUGGAGGGCAAGAGGCUGCAGGAAGCCGCGCUGGGCAGUGCCCACCUGGGAUGGCCUGGCUGGAAUGGGUGUCUGGCUGUGCCACACUGGAGCUGCUGGAAGGGACAGCCCUGCUGUGACCCGAGUGGGGGUGGCACCCCUGGCUCUUGCCAGGCACCGCUGUGUGGGCAGCGCUGCUGCUUCUCCCACUGCCAGAGCACCAGCGGGACCUGGCAGCCUCACCCAGGACCCCACCACACAGGGAACCCCUGGGACACCCACACCCACCUCUGGGAUCUCAGCAGCACCCUGAGAGCUCCCAGACAUCCACAGCCACCGUGUAAAGCUCUGCACAGCGAGGGGCUGCUCCUCCUCCCACCCUCAUCACCAACGCAGAACAGCAGCUCCCAUCCCCUCCUCCUCCAGCUGCACAAACCCUGGUUCCCCCUGCCACGGGCAGAGCCAAGGAUGGAGCCUCAAAACUGCUCGGGAGUGAAGGAUUUGAGAGCAGCAACUCACCAGGGCAGAGCCCAGCCUCCCCCAGGCCAGGUUCAGCAUCCAGCCCAGCCUGCCCCUGCGUUCUGGAGGGAAAGCUGCAUUUCCAGCCCGGCAGGAGCUCAGGAACCAUUCUGCUGGCCAAAGGCAAAAAUCUUGGGGUUUACUUUCCAGUGGGGUGCCAAAGCAUCAUCCCCCUGUGGAUCCCGGGAAGCCCAGGAGAUAGGGAAGCAGCGGAGGUGGUGGGGUUUGAGCAGAGCUGCUCCUGUCCUGGUCCUACCCUCCCAGAGGAGCCCAGAGCAGCUCUGGCCCACAGGAGCAGCACGGACACAUUGCCAGAACUUAUUCCCACCACAUUCCCUCCUUUGCAAUGCUCGAGUCCCCCCUCCAGGCAGGAGGAAGCAGCUGGGAGCUCCAGCAGAUGCCCAUGGAUGCAGGAGGUUUGCCAGGCCCUGCCCCUUCCCUGACAGGCUGGGGGAGCCUUUCCCAGUGCCUCAGGGAGGAGCUGCACCAGGCUGGAGUCACAGAUCUUGGAUCGAUGGAACCCCCACGAGACCAAUUUACACAUUAACUCUCUUUUCAGAUGUAAAUAAAUAUUUAUUUUUCAACAA